AUGAUCAACAGAGCUGUCAUUGACCAGAGGUAUGAGGCGCUUGAAUUGGGACCAGAUGCAACUGCUACUCAGAAGCGGUUCUUGGAGGAGAUCAAAGAGCUUGAUCAGUCCAAUCCAGAAAGACUGUUAAAUCCUUACUUUGAGGCCCCAGGUUUUGAUGGAUGUCGGGACACCCCUGUUGAGAUCCUCCAUGUGUUUCUUCUGGGGGUAGUAAAAUACAUGGUCCGCGACUUCAUGCGUCGCCUGUCAGCCGAGGAUAAACUACACGUCAAAGCUAGGUAUCAAUCCUUUAACAUUGAUGGCCUCAAUAUUCCAUCCAUCCAGCCAUCCUACCUCACCAAGCACUUUGCCAACUUCAUCGGCAAGGACUUCCGUGUAGUCCUACAAGCCGCCCCUUUUGUGCUAUUUGAAUACAUGGACGGCAGGGAGAGGGAACUAUGGAUUGCGCUGUGUCUCCUGGCCCCAUUAGUUUUCCAGACUCACAUUGAGGAUAUGGAAAUUUUCCAGGAGCGACUGGUCUACCUCGUCCGAAAUUUCUUGUACCUGCUCGCGAAGGGUACAGCGCAAUGGGUCAAUAAGCCAAAAAUCCACAUGCUGCUACAUUUAGUGGACUCAAUUAUUCGAUUUGGACCGGCCUCAUUGUUUGCCACCGAAAAAUUUGAAGGCUACAACAGUACCUUGCGAAACGCUUCUGUACACUCCAAUCGCCAGAGUCCCGGCCAAGAUAUUGCGGUUACCUUUGCGAACUAUCUUGUUCUUCGGCACAUAUUGUCGGGUGGCUUUUUCUUUGAAAAGAAAAGUGGUAGGUAUUGUGCUGCAGGAUCGUGUGUGACAGACAUCUUUUUGCAGAGCAUCACAAUUCAAAAGUCAAUGGGGCUCAAUAACGCCUUACUCGCAGAGUCAGACCAUCGGUACCCCAACAUCCGGAAGUGGAAGGUCAAACUGGCGGAUAAAGUUCCAACCCCGCUGGAUCUGCAGGAACAUCUCCAAGGUUACACAGUGUCACAGAUUGCUGAGGUCAACCUUGACGGGAAGCAUGUGAUUCGAGCCAGAUCAUUUGUUUUGUAUGGUCGUGGGCAGGAUGAGCUUGCGGGCCCCAGGCAAUUGGGGCAGGUGGACCACCUUUGGAAAGCAAAAUCAGGCCGCCAUUGUGCUCUAUACUUAUGCCUCACGCCAUUUGACCUGGAGGGUGUGGAUGAUUUUUACGGCAUGAGGCGGGUGAAACGAACCCAAGGAGGUAUAUUCAUUAGUGUUGGAAACGUGAGCGCUACUUUGAACAUCCAGCAUAAUUGCCACCUCGCACACUGUACAAUAGCCCCUGUCAUUCCAGAAAGAAGGGAGAGACAGCAGACCGGCACUUACUUGGACGGAAUCAUCCACACGGACCGAAAGAACUAUGUCGUUAAUCUAGCCUCUUUAUCUUCCACCUUGGCCCACCAAAAUUAUUCCGAUGUCCCAUAUGUGGCCCGGCAGAACCAUGACCACUUGGCCGCACUGCAUGAGGGCUUGGCAAAUUGGCAUGCUGCAGGGACCGCGACUGGGCCGGUGGGACCAGUUGAGGCGGUGGACCCAACCUUAGGGUUGGCUUAG